UGGUGGGCUUAACCUCGAAGUCAGGGACUUGAAAUGAACUCUAUGAGUCUAACUUCACAGGACAAAAGGUAAGAGUAUGGCUUCAAAUUUGUGGAGAGAUACAGUUACCAUCAGACCAGCAAGAGCAGAAGACAUUCCCAGUGUCUUGUGGAUGAUUCAGCUCUUGGCUGAGUAUGAAAAUGAACCCUGUGCCUUGAAGAUUGGGGAGAAAGAACUUUUACGAGAUGGGUUUGGGGAUGAGAAGUUUUUCCAUUUACUGGUGGCGGAGUUAAAUUCUGUUCCACAAGAAAGUACGUCUCCACCUGAUUUGCGAAGCUCAAAGAUGGUGAAGAAUGAGAGACUCGUCGGGUAUGCUCUCUACUUCUUCAACUACUCUACUUGGGAGGGACGAGUGUUAUAUCUAGAGGAUGUAUUCGUAAGACAGCAAUACAGAAAUAUUGGUCUUGGUACAGCUUUGAUGAGAGAAUGUGCCAAGGUGGCCAAGACUAGAGACUGUCAAAGAAUGGUGUGGCAGGUGCUUAACUGGAAUACUAAAGCCUUAGAUUUGUACGAGCGUAUCGGGGGAAAGUGUUUGCGAGAGUGGCUGACGAUUAGAAUGGACAAGAAAAGAAUGGAGGAGUUUGUCUCUAGCUCAGAAUGAUUGUGGAUUUAGGUAGAACAAUUAUAAUUUAUAAAGUGUAAGUGCACACUAACAACAGUACGUGGUCGUGAAUAAUAUCUUAUGAACUA